CUUGGUGUCUCUCUUUGACCUCAAUUCUUCUCCAUUCACAUUCAAUUGUCUAUAGAUCAUCAUCCCCAUGGCUUCGUUUCCCCGCAUCAAGGAGGUCCGCACCUUCAUCACUAGCGGAGUGGGCUCCGGAGGUGACUAUCACAAUGUCAAGGGUGGUCACUGGUUAAUUGACAGCGACAUCUCGACUCCCAUGACCAAAUGGGCCGAGUACCGCGGCUCGCGGACAUCCUGGGGUAUCAACGUUCUCGGCUCUUUCUGCGUCGAGCUGGAAGCUACCGAUGGAACGAAGGGCUUCGCUACAGGCUUCGGUGGUCCUCCUGCUUGCUGGUUGGUCCACCAACACUUUGAACGUUUCUUGAUCGGUGCUGACCCUCGGGAUACCAACGACCUCUUCGAGAGGAUGUAUCGAGCCUCGAUGUUCUAUGGCCGUAAAGGCCUUCCAGUGGCCGUCAUUUCCGUGAUCGACCUGGCCCUUUGGGAUCUUGUGGGUAAAAUCCGCAAGGAGCCCGUCUACAAACUCAUUGGCGGCGCCACACGCUCACGCCUACACUUCUACUGCACUGGACCGCAGCCCGCAGCCGCCAAGGCGGCCGGCUUCAUUGGCGCGAAGGUCGCCCUUCCCCACGGCCCCGAUGAGGGCACCGAGGGUCUGCUGAAGAAUGUCGCCUACCUGCGGAAGCAGCGCGACUCGGUCGGGCCCGACUUUCCCCUGCGUGUCGACUGCUACAUGUCUUUAAAUGUUCCCUACACCAUUGAGCUUGUCAAGCGCUGUGAGGCCGAGGGGAUCAACAUUGACUGGUGGGAGGAGUGUCUCACCCCGGAUGACUUCGAUGGCCAUGCUCUCCUGAAGAGGGCCCACCCGACGGUCAAAUUCACCACCGGGGAGCACGAGUACUCCCGCUAUGGAUUCCGCAAGCUUAUCGAGGGUCGUAACCUGGAUAUUGUGCAGCCCGAUGUGAUGUGGGUUGGCGGUCUGACGGAGCUAUUGAAGGUCUCGGCAAUGGCCGCCGCCUACGAUAUCCCAGUCGUCCCCCACGCUUCAGGCCCGUACUCAUACCACUUUGUGGUCUCCCAGCCCAACACACCUUUUCAGGAAUACCUGGCCAACUCUCCUGAUGGCAGUACAGUUGAGCCUGUCUUUGGUAACCUGUUUUUGAACGAGCCGAUUCCCACCCAAGGCUACCUCGAUGUGUCGAUUUUGGACAAGCCUGGAUUUGGCCUGGAGCUGAACCCCGCUGCUCCCCUCAUCUCCGCCUCCACUAUCCUCAACCCGGCUCCCCAGAAGGGUCUACCCGUUCCCGUAGAAGAACAACCCGAGACCAACGGCACCGCAUAGAUACUUUUAUUAGCCUUGCUUCUCAAUGUUCCCACCAUGUAUGACUGAUGUUUCCUUUAUCUGAC